AUGGAGGAUGGACGAAUCAAGAAUGAUCAGAUCAAAGCAACAUCCCCUCCAUCCGGUCCUUCUGGAGCAAUUUAUGCUAGAUUUAAUCAUACUGGUGGUGAUGGUGGUUGGUGUCCAGUUCAGGAAGGCCCUUUAAACAAAACACAAUAUUCACAGUAUGUACAGGUCAAGCUGGAUGAACUUGUAAGAAUUAAGGGCAUUGACUUACAGGGAAGUUCCAAGGGAUUAGGAAAAGUGGAACAUUUCAUUAUUAAUUACACCCCAAACAAAAGUGACUCUUCUUCAUGGAAGUGGAUUGGCAACAUGCGCGAGGUAUGAACUGAAUUAAUGACAAAGAUCUUCAGCUAAUUAGUUAUUAAUCUGGAACAUUCAUCAGCUGGUGAUAAGUGCCCCAGCAUGUUUUAAACUUAAAUUCCUUCCCCAGCACAAUUUACUGUGUUCACACAUAGAGGAUAUUACAUGGUCGCUUAGAGAUAUGAAAUCUCUUUUUAAGUAAGGAAAAACAAAAAGAAAUUUUGUAUCUCCAAGUGGCCAUGUAAUGUUCUAAUAAUUAUAAUUAAUAUUUUAUAAACACCCAUGAAAUACCAAUUUUUUUGCUGCGUGUGAAACCUCUCCUUGUAUUUCAUUGUUGGUGAUAUAAUAGAAUGCUACAUGUAUAUUACCAUCAACACCACUCAUGAUAUUUCAAAAUUGUCUCAAAUUUCACUCACCUAAUGGCUUGUGAAAUUACAUAUAACAAUUUCGAAAUAUCACUCGUGGUAUUUAUACCAAGUAUCACCACAAAUCAUGCUAUUACCUAUACGAAUCAAGAUGUAAGUUAUGAAUCAUUGCCAUCUCUCUGUUGAUAGAGGCCUCACUUCACAUUUCUUUAAUCGAUUAACCACACUUUUUACUCAUCUCAUCUUUAUUCUAGUCUGUUUUAAUUGGCUGAUAAAUUUUUAGUUUGAAAUGUAAAGGCAUAAUCCAUUAAGUGAGUUUACUGGGAGUAAAUGCAUGGCGUUUUGGUCCACCACUAUUUUAGAGCUUCCAUGUGCUGACCUUUUCAAUAAUUAGGGUGCUUGCACACUAGCUACAUGUACAAUUUUACAAAGAGAAAUUGCUGAGGAAUAAAAGGAGCUUUGCAAUGAUGUCUUAUUAAACUCAAGAAAACAUCAGAAUUUUUUUUCUGAGAUUUGAAUUAGGUUGUCCAAUCUUCAGCAUAAGUGCCAAAGCUUUAUUUUGAGAACUUCUGAGAACUGACUUAUAGCAGCUUAUAGCAUUAAAUCUUUGAAAAUUACUCUGUUCAGCUAGAGUAACCGAGUAUUUGACCAUGCUUUUCUUUGUAUGAAUAUUUUAAAAUUCCACCAACACAAGAGAAGUGAAGCCUAAGCAAACACCAAACGCUCUCCAUUUCAAAUAAGGUCAUUUUGCAUUUUGAGGAGUAGGCCAUGUUCAUGUAAGGCAUAGUAGAUUUAAAUAAUUUAGAUAAUUCUAUUAUUGCCAAUGGAGAGAGAUCAGAAAGCUGAAGGUAGACUUGUGUCAGGAAAAUCAUUACUGGUGUUAACUAUUUUGUUUUUCAGUAUUUUGAGGGUAAUAUAGACAGGCCCGUACAGAGAACAAUUCUGAGGCCUCCACUAAUUGCAGAUGGAAUCAGGCUGGUUCCUUUAUUCAAUGUCAGUAAGAAGGUGUGCAUGAGGUUUGAGCUGCUUGGUUGUCCACUGGUAAAUGGUGAGUUAUAAUGUGUAGUUCCAGAAAAUAUCCAGACCGCCACCACGGAAGGAAUUUCACUUAGGACCCCCCCACCUCCCUGGAUUUUCCAUUUUGCAGGGAACUGAUGGCCCCCCCCCCACCCCUCCGGAAUUUCCACAAGUAUGACAAAGACCCCCCAACCCCUCUGGAAAAGUUCAUUUUCACAAAAAAAGACUAUUAAAGUAGAAGAAUGAGGCCAUUUAUGGCUACUACGCAACGGUUUCCAUCAGAAGGUUGUAUGCAUUUAUUGCCAUUUAUUUGAGUGAUCUCGCAACAUUAAACACACUACACCACCACAAAGUAACCUAAUCUGCAAUUUUUGCUCAUUUCUUACUUUGAAUGAAACAGAUAAAGUUAAGUCGGUUAUAUUUGUGAUUUUACCUUAAUUAGGGCAAGCUUACGAUUUGUUAUUUGUCUUCAUGGGCAUAUUAAAUGUUGAAAGAAUUAGCGCCAUUUCCUGCAGGAAUGCAGAACAAGUCCACCUUACAACCACAAAAUUAAGGCAAAACAAAGAGAAGAAUAAAAACUCUGAAUUAUGAAAUGAUAACAAUGAAUACCCCCUGCAUCUUGAAGGGAAACCAAGUUCAAUUUACUGUUUUUCGAUCGACUCAUUUGACGUGAUGCGGGAUGGCCGUAAUGUUUGGUGAAAUCGACACCAUUUCAGCAAGAAUUCGAUCACGAACAUGGCACACCUUCAACCACACAAUUAAGGGAAAAUGAAAAGGAGAACAAAAACUCUACAUUCUAAAAUGGUUACAAUGUAUAGAUUGUGCUUCGUGAAGCAAAAUAAAAUUGCCACUCUAUUGUUCUUCAAUCAAUCGACUGACACAAUGUACAACGUGAUGUGUUGCACUUGUUGAUGUCUUGAGGGAGACUGGUAACGAGUAAUGGCGGCCGAAUAUACGAGCAUGCGAAGAAACGAGAGUUGUAGUCGGUCUAAUUCCUUUGAUGUUGCAGCCAGAAUGCUUUUGGAAGAAAGGAAACUUGGUUAAGAUCAAAAGGAACAAUCUUAAACUAGGUAUACCUAUCGAUAGGGUGCCAACGAGCAAGUCAUGCGUAUUUUGCAUAGGAAUGGAUUCCUUUUAUCCAACAUUUGACAGUUUCUUGGUCCCUUCCUGUUGAAAGGAUUAUUUUCUUGAAACUAAGGUGCUAUGCAAGUAGAAAGGUUCGGAGAAGAGUCAGUUCUCAGACUCCAUUGGCUUUACGAACCUGCUAUAUAAAAGUUUAAGGUGUCAUUAGGCAUAUUUUUUUGAAAUUAUAAAACAGCUUGCAGAGGAAGCGAUCGGUAAUAUUUAGGGGGAAAUAUAAAAAAUGAUCGUUUCUCUUACCACUACAAAAUUAGUCUCGGUUCGGUUUCACUUUGUAGAUAAAUAUUUGUGCAGUUUAAUUAUUUAAACCUCCUCUGGAAUUUCCUGAGGCUUUUUGUUUCCCGACUGAAUUUUAGAAUGAUUUGCUGCGCUGCUUGAAAUAUUUUCAAGGACAUGCGAUGUACGACAUGUACGGCUUCGAAAAAAAUAGCGUUGUUUUCUUUUCCUUUGUCGUUCGCUUUAGGCUUGUAAUUCUUUUUUAUUCUUACUUUUCCAUUUGCUGGUUAGAUUUUUUCCCCAACAUCAGAUUUUCCAACAGAAGCGACUAUAUAUUCUUCAUAUCAAGCUUUACUUAUCUCUUCGUGUAAUCUGAUCCUUUUUAGUGGUGAGAAUUGCUUGUUUCACAUGGAAAACUUUUCUUUGCUUAAACUGUUGUUUUACAAGCUUCUCUUCGUUAAAACCUUACAUUAAUGCCCCCCAACAUUGAUACAAUGCAUCAAGUUUUCAUUUUCCUUGACUGCCGGGGCCAGAUUUAGCUGAAUAAACAAUAAAAGCGUACCACACUCAAGUUCAGUCUUCGCGUGACGCCGAGGAAAGAACACAUGUGUGCCAAGUAUAGUUUACCGCCUUUUGAUUGGCACUUGGUCUCAGGGGAAUCUACAUUACAUGAGGUUACACUUUUUGAAGCUCGAUCAAGAAUUUUUCUGCCUACAGCCCAGUCUUGCGCGGCUCUAUUCUGCUGCCGCCUCCCCAUCCGAGCGUCUUCGCUCGGAUGGCUCGUUGGCAAUGAUAUAUUUCAAGUUAUUUAUGUCCUAAAAAUGAUCUACCAGGUCGGUAAGAAGCAAUGUUUGAACUCGGGUCGAAAACGAAAUGAUAUUGGCCCACUGGAAAGUGAUUUUAUCGUCCAACCCCCUUCCCUCUGGAAUUUCCUGGGCCUCUGACCCCACCCCUCUGGAAUUUCCAAUUCCCUCCGUGGUGGGAGUCUGGAUAUUUUCUGGAACCACACAAUCGUAGCUAGUAACAGUCGCAGGGCAUUAAAGAAAAUGUAAACAAUAACCUUUUUGAAAACAAUUUUAUUAUUGAAGUACAGAGAAGUCUACUUACAUGGCUGUAGAAAAGCAGGUUGAAUGUAAAAACGGAAAUUUAAUAUCAUCCUAAGGUGGCUCUAGCCACUGCCUGGUUAACUCAGUUGGGAGAGCGCUGGUCUGCUGAGCAGGAGGUUGCUGGUUGAAACAUGGCCAGACCUACACUCAGGGUCUUUGAAUAACUUAGGAGAAAAUGAUGCCUUUGUAAUGACAUCUACAAACGGUUAGACUCUCUAGUCUUCUUAGAUAAGGACCAAAAACCAUAGGUCCUGUCUCAGAGCACUCUUUCACUUAUCUGGUUCUUAUGGGAUGUUAAAGAACCCACACCACCGUUGAAAAAGAGUAGGGGAUGUAGACUCCGGUGGUGUGGCCAACCUCUCCUGGGCUGGGUGGGUUAUCUGUAAGGACGCACUUAAAUUGGAGACCCCUCUGUUGUGUGUUCCGCACCAUAUGGUGGAAGUGAUUUGAAAAUAAGUAAGUGCCCAAUAGCCCCUUGGCGCUUAACUUGUGCUCUCAGGCAGCUAGAAAAUCUUAGUUUUUUUUCAAAGAAAUCGUAAGCUGGGCACCCUGGAUUUCACAGGUUCAAAGAAAUGCUGGAAUUCCUGCUUCAUUUUUUCUUAGAGCAUAGCCUUGUUAUUAUAGUUUAUAAUAAUUAGGAAUGGUCAGUGUUAUCAUUUUCAUUUUUCAGCUUUUAUGUUGUAAUCAACAUUUCUCUUUCUCGAGUGUUCCAUUUUGAGUAUGUCAUUUUAAUGGUUGAGCCUGCUAUUCUGCUUAACUCGUUUCUCACUGACCCCAAAAAGGCAAAAUUCUCCUUGUUUAGAUACAAAAAUAUAUAUAUAUUCAUAUAUCUCAGUGGGUAUCGAAAGUAGAAAGCUUUGCCUCUUUUGAAAGGCCACAAAAUACCAUAAAAAGAAGUAUUUCACCCUGUGGCAACCCAUAUUAUUUCUCCCCAAAAUAAAAAAAACAUUGUGUAUACUUAAGUUGCUAUUUUAAGGAUUUAUGGUAUUUGUAUUGAUUUUGUUGCUCUUUGCUUAACAUGAUUUAGGUUUACAAACAGAACUUUAUUUAAGGCUUACUUUAAUUUUUAUUUAUUUUUUAUCUGCCAGGGCUUAUGAAGUACAAUAUGCUACAAGGAAAUUCAAGACAAGGAAUGUAUAACUUCACAGAUUUGAUUUAUGAUGGUGAAGACAAGAAAGACAUCCUGUCAAACGGUCUUGGAUUUCUCACUGAUGGUAUACUGGCCCCAGCAGAUUAUGCAGGGAGCAGUGGAUUGGGCUGGAUCGGCUGGAAUUCUAAGGACACUCCUGCACCUUACAUUAUAUUUGAAUUCUUUCAAACUAGAAUUUUCUAUUCAAUGACAUUACAUUGCAAUGUCAGAGAUGGAGACAAUAUUAAACUGUUCUCCAAAGUUGAUGUAAGUUUUAGUAAGGGUGAUGGAGAAGCUUUUAAUGGCUUACUCACUCACAGUCCUAAGGAUGUUAGCAGUGGAUCAAGUUGGUUAAACAGUAAUGUCACAGUGGACUUGUGUCAACAUAUUGGAAGAAAAAUUAAGUUGAAUUUCACUUACGCAGCAGAGUGGAUAUUAAUAAGUGAGGUUUCUUUUAAAUCAGGUGAGUACUAAGUAGUUUUACCUUAAGAGGGUAAGAAGGGCAUGAAUGGUAGCUAUUUUGCCCCUCAAGUUAAAAAAUGUUUGGUUUUAUGUGCAAAUGUUUUGCCCAAGCAGGAAACAUUGUUAUGACUUAAAGUUUAGCCUGUGUGCAGAUGUCUCCUAUUUCCUUUGUUCCUUAAGGAAAAGUGACUAUGUUUUCUCACAACAGAAAUAUGUGGUGUUUGCACACAACCUACGUACAUUUUAGUGGCAAACCUUCCCUGGUCUUUUGUAUUUCAGCAUUAUGUUCCAUUGUAGUUAUCAUUACCACAAGCAUCGUCUGGUAUAGACCCUAUUAUUUUCCUGAAGCCAUUUAUUUUGCAGCAUUAAGACAACAUACUGUGUUUGUGUUGUUUUCAGAGGCCCUUGGUUCCAAGACUCGCCCAGAGGUUCAGUGUGUGCCAGUUGUAAAACCUUCAAAAACCACUGUAACACCUUCUGAUAAAGUAACUUUUCCUCCCACCACUAGCCCAUCAAAAACAGAGGGAACAGGUAUGAAACAUACUCAGCUGUUUUCAGGGAAAAUGCACUUUAGAAUAAUAUCAUGUCCUCCAAGGGGUGUGGGGUAGCGGGGGAGGCAUAUGAAACAGUUGGUGUUGUCUGAAAUUUACAAUGACCAAUUUGGGCUCUGCUUCGGCUUUUAUUGGCCUUUAAACCCUAGGAUCAAAAUUUGAAUUCUCAUUUGUUUCCCCUAUUCAUUUCCUACAGAAGUAGUUGGGAGAAGUUGAUAAAAUAAAAAGCAAAUUCAUCUUGUGUGAUCAUGUCCGUAAUUCUCAUGACCACUCUGGUUUACAAAGCAUUGAUAUUACAAGGAGAAAUUUGAUGCUCGUCACUCUUGGGGCUUAAAGGGUUAAGGAUACCAGACUGCUAAAAAUAGAAUUUAUAUUUGUCUGUAAUUCUUCAUUUGUCAGCCUAAGAGGGAUCGUGACGGCUAAAAGCAUUGACGUUUUGCCUGGAACACCCUGCAUGAGACGAAAAACUGAUCUGUUAGGGGAACAAUGUAAUUGUUUCAUUCAUCUAUGUAACUGGCCACCGAACAGACUGAAAUUAGCCACCAAAGUAAAAUAUGAAAGCGUACAAGCGUAUUCGUCUUUUAAAAGUAUUACCAUUAUUUUUUUGCUAACUUAAGUUUCAUAGCGAGUGAUUGGCAAAACUGUGUCAAAGUCCAUUUGAGCGUAAAUUUGCGACUUUCAAGUUCCCCAUAACACAAUUUGUUUUCCCCACGAUUUCUCUUUGCUUAGGAGCAACAGUCGUCCCUCGAAAAAUUGAAAACGAAAGUUGUGCAAAAUUUUUGGGAACGCAAAAGUCGCUGCAUGUUUGAUGCAGGAACUGCCUACUUCCUUGACAGUGUCGUUACUUGUGCCUCUGCGUCUCCAUCAGUUCUCAGUAGAUCAAGGGACAUGUGUCCAACCCUCUUCAAUUACUAAUUCAAUUACAUGGAUGUAAUGUGAUUGACAAUACUUUUCAACUCAGUAGCUGUUUGUCGGUCCUCAGUCUAUACAUCUGAUAAAUAUCAAGGCCAGGUAAUUCUUGCAAAACCGGUUCAAUUGUAUUUUGUAAUCCUUUCACUUUUAAUUUUCCACCAGGUGGAGGCAGUUCAAAGAGUAAUUCAAUGGAUGGUGGUGUGAUAGCUGGCAUUAUCUGUGCAGUGAUUGCUGUGUUGUUAGCUGUUGUGUUGUUUAUUUGUUGGUGGCGUUAUCCUCACUGGUUCUUUCACCGAGAAAAGCCUUUCAAUCAUUUUAUCAAAGUUGAAAUGCAGCCAUAUAACCAGUACGACGAGGACAGACGAGUUUCUCGCGUGGAGAGCACAGCGAGUGAAUGCGAGGAGAAAAGAAGCAGCCUCAGAAACACUGGCAGUACUAACAGUUCAAGGCGAGUUGGAGGAGCAGAUGUGACAGCCUGCCCUAUAUACGCCUCUAUUGGGACUGAUAUGGAUAAGGAAUCCAACACCAAUGGCUACGUUAACGGCUCUCAGAAGCUGCAUAGACAUGGCUGUGAUAUAAAACCAUUGAAAAAAGGUUUGUUGCAACGAAUCCGUGUUGUGAUCAUCGCAUACGUAUGGAUAGAGAAAGUCAAAACUGAAGGAACGUGUUUUUUUGCAUGAGGGCUAGUGAAAUUAAGUGUUUCCGAUAAUGUAAAAUAACUCACCGUUCAAGCAAUUUUGAAGUAACUACAUCAAACACGACACGCAGUGUUUCAUCCGUUUUUUUAGGCUCUGAUAUAAAACCUCUGAAAAAAAGGUUUGUUGCAAAGAAUCCGUGUUGUGAUCUCAUAUGUACGGAGAGAGAAGGUAAAAAUUGAAGGAAGUUCUUGUAUUGCAGUGUAUAAUACUGAAAAAUGAAAAAAAAAAUAGUGAAUGUACAGCUGACGCGUUUCUACAACUAGUGAAGCUCUGCUUAGACUAUCCCUGAGGGAAAAUGAGAGACUACUCGUAGUCUAAGCUCUGCCAUUUCGCGAUAUAAACCACACACAAUCCUCAAACCCUAGAUUCACUCUGACAAUGGGCUAGCACUCAAAGCGAGAGCUUUUGAAUCUUUGUACUAUGGACAAACUUCAUCUACAAAAAACUUCGUCUAAAACCAUAUAUAGACUUUAUCCACUCAGAUGAUAACACCAAAUUUUUGAGUUUCACUGACGCAGCACCACAGCGGUCAUUUCAACAGUUUUGACAGAAGAGACUUUAAGAUGUUCCAAAAUUCAAACAAUGCCCUGCUUAAAUGUCGCCUGUCACACACAGUAUUAACUUCAGUCACUGCUGACAGUCCCGGAUCCAGGGGGGGGGGGGGGGGGGGGGGGGGCCGGGCAUCCAGACCCUUUGAAAAGGGGGGGGGGCGCGGGCCCCCCUGGCCCAUAUAUGAUAUCUUUGUUUUUGAAUUUGUUGGAGGGAAGCCGCCGGGGCUUCCACCCUUUCCUCCAGUUCCUUCAUUCUCCGCAGUGGUUCACCGUAGAUGUUAAGUACACCGUCAUGAUAAGAGGAUAGAAUAGAAUGGUCAAAAAUAAAGCCACCAUCCGGGCCUUGCCCGGCGCCUCCCUGAAAGGUUCAGCGGGGAGGGGGGGGCGGGGGGGCGGGGGGGGGGGGGGGGGGGGGGGGGGGGGACCGGUCAUCCAGACCCUUAGAUAAGGGGGCGGGGCUCGGUCUCCACUGGCUCAUAUAUGAUAUCGUUGUUGUUGAAUUUGUUGCAGUGAAGCCGCCGGUGCCUCCACCCUUGCAGCCAGUACAUUCAGUCCCUGAAGUAGUUUACGCCGAACCUGAUACUCCUCUGUUAUCGGCCGCUUCAGCGUCACCAGGACCUUCACCCAAACCUACUAUACCUUCUCCACUGGAUUCUCAGACUAUAGACUACAUUGAAGAGUUUCCAGAUAAUGAUUAUGCAGAACCUGAUACACCCUUGGUUAAGAGUCCUACGUUACCGAAAUCCCCCGACAGGUCUAAUGUUAUCAGUGGGUAUUCUGAACCUAUUGAUUCAAUUUCACCUAAAGCAUUGACUAUAUUCCCUAAUCCCAUAUACGAGGAGGUGUACUCGGAGCCUUAUCAGGGGGUGUCUGGCACCAGUUUGUAUUGUAAUCCUGACGAGGAACUCGGUAUGAGAUCCAGACAGGACAGCUUCAGGGACUUUCCGCGGAGCAAGCUCUACUUUCGAGAGAAGAUUGGUGAUGGACAGUUUGGUGAGGUGUAUAUUGGUGAGGCUGCAGGGUUAGGCGAGAUUUGGGAAGAGUAUAAGAACUGCCAGAAAGCAACAGUAGCAAUUAAGACGCUUAAGCCGGACGUAGAUAAGAACAUUAAGAAUGAUUUCUUCAAGGAAGUGAAAGCCAUGGCUGGCCUCAGGCACAAGAAUGUUGUUCGCCUGCUGGGCGUCUGCCGUGAUGACCCCAUGUGCAUGAUUGUGGAGUACAUGGCUAAUGGCGAUCUCAAUCAGUUUCUUAAAGAGAGAGAACCAGAGCCAAACACGUAUGUAAAUCAAAGCAGGAAAAGGAGUAGUAACUCUCAGUUUGUCUCUCUUCACGCCCUGUUUUACAUGGCAAAGCAAGUGGCGGCCGGCAUGAAGUAUAUAUCAUCAUUGAACUAUGUUCACCGAGAUCUUGCAACACGGAACUGUCUGGUAGGACACGCCUACACAGUGAAGAUAGCAGACUUUGGAAUGUCAAGGAACUUGUAUUGUAAACACUACUAUCGCGUUGAAGGAAGAGUCAUCCUGCCAAUACGGUGGAUGGCACCUGAGAGCAUACUGCAAGGUAAACGGAAAUUCAGUGGAAGCUAUUUUUGUAUAUCGUUGAAGUGACCAAAAAAACAACCAAAGCUACGUUCAUUCAGUUAGCCAAUCUACCAAUCAUUCGAUUAAAUUAGAGGCAAACACGCGCGGUAAACCAGUGCGAAAGCAAAUUUUUGCAAAUUUCGUCAUUUGAUUUCAGUAUUCUGACUUACGACUUAACAAUUGCUGAUCUCAAGUGUCCCCCAUACGUUGAAGCAAUUUGAAGGAACAUAUCAAACACGACACUCAGUGUUUCAUCCAAUGUGUGGGUUAAAAAAGCGAAGCGUAGCCGAGGUUUUUUAAGACCGAUACCGAUGUGUCUGGAUAUCAGGUGAAACGCCAAGGGGAGUGUUUGAUAAAGCUUCUCUAAUGAACGACGAUUCUUCUAGUCAAUAUUCAAAACACAGAAUCGACAUCCAAACCACAGACAGGGUAUUGAUUGUCUUUUUUAUUUUAUUUUCAUGAAUUAUUAGUGACUCUGAGUAAUUAAACAUGUGAUGUUUGAUUUAUCGUGCACAGGUCGCUUCACUACCGCAAGUGAUGUGUGGGCGUACGGUGUGACUUUGUGGGAGAUACUCACACUUGCCAGAGAGUACCCCUACUCAGAACUCAGUGACGAGGAGCUGAUUAAAAAUAUCCAAGCGUCGUUCCUCCGUUUGGACACGCCCUUCUCUGCACCACCCCAGCCUGACACGUGCCCAGGAGACUUGUACGAGCUGAUGAAACGCUGCUGGAGCAAGGAACCGGAGGAUCGACCUUCUUUUACAGAACUUCACAGCAAUUUAGCGGAACGCGUACGACUUAGCGAAGCCAGUGUUUAG